AUUAUUUAUUUAAUUAGUUAGUAGAUAAGUUAAUAAAUUGCACCAUUGAAAUAUUUAACAACAGAAAUGGAUUCGUCACAAAAGUUGUUAUUCAAAAUUAUUUUCGACUUUGUUCUUCUAGCAUGUGUUGCCCUCCCAAUAUUGAUUUUAUUACUAAUCGGACAACCAUAUGAGAGAGGUUUCUUCUGCAACGAUGAAUCACUAAUGCAUCCCUACAAUGAGAACACAGUCAGUAUGACUAUGUUGGUAUCUCUUGGUGUGUGCAUUCCUAUCGUCACAAUUAUUCUUAUCGAAAUCAUUAGAGGGCGCCUAAACAUGAAUGAAGAGUCAAAAAGAAUCAUCUACAGUUGGAAUGUUCCAAGUACCGUGCAAAAUCUCUAUAAAUACAUUGGAAUAUUUUUGUUUGGUGCAGCAUGUUGUCAACUUAUCACAGACAUUGGAAAAUAUUCUAUCGGACGAUUCAGACCACAUUUCUUUUACGUUUGUGAACCAUUGAUGGAUGGAUCGAGUUGCAGUGACCCUCUUAACAUGAACCGAUACAUUGAAGAUUUCGUUUGCAGUAACACACAAACAUCUGAGAAAGUUUUAAAAGACAUGCGGCUUUCAUUUCCAAGCGGACACGCCAGUUUCGCAUUUUACACGAUGGUCUUUUGUGCUUUGUAUUUACAUUCACGAAUGAGAUGGAAAGGUUCAAAGCUAUUCAAACAUUGUAUUCAGUUUCUUUUAAUUCUCGCAGCAGUUUAUUGCGCUUUAAGUCGAAUUUCAGAUUAUAAACAUCAUUGGUCUGACGUUCUCGCUGGAACAGUUCUUGGACUUACUGUAGCACUUGUUGUUGUGUAUGCAAUUUCAGAUUUAUAUAAAAGCCAUUCGAAAGAGAAGUUUGAAAUGUUAAAUCAAGCAUAAGUUAAGAAAGUAUUUUAAAUAAAUUAAAUUGAACAA